CGUGACUGACGCUCUUGCUUCUGAUUGGCUGGCCGAUAUGGAACAGUCAUAGCGGUGCAGGCGGCUCCGCGCGGCCGCUAGCAGCUCUCCGAACAGCAGGCAGCUAAACUAGCUGAUCUAGCCGCGCUGCUCCGGGGGCUAGUGGAGCUUUCCCCCGCCUAAUACUCGGGUUUAUUAACCACACCGCUCCGGGGACAUGGCGGAGAGGGGCGGGAGAGCCGCGGCUCGGUCCCCGGGCGAGGUUUAGCUGGGUUUUCGGGAGAGGAGAGAAGGGGACCAGGGGGAGAGGAGGACCGUAAGUACCGGAUCGGGAGGACACGGUGUUCCUCCUCCACAGUGGCGGGGUUAUAACGGGCUCCUGCGGGGAGAGACAUGGCCGGAAUCUGUAACAGCUCCACCACAUCUGGAAUGGGUGACAUCAUCCAGCUGAACGUCGGGGGAACGAGAUUCAGCACAUCAAGACAGACUCUAAUGUGGAUUCCAGACUCUUUCUUCUCUAGCCUGCUCAGUGGGAGAAUAUCAACACUAAGGGAUGAAACUGGAGCUAUAUUUAUAGACAGGGACCCGACAGCCUUUGUGCCCAUUUUAAACUUCCUUCGGACAAAAGAAUUAGAUUUAAGGGGGGUUAACAUCAGCAUACUGCGGCAUGAAGCUGAGUUUUAUGGAAUUACUCCUUUAGUCCGACGCUUGCUGUUGUGUGAGGAGCUGGAGAGAUCAUCAUGUGGAAGUGUGCUCUUCCACGGCUACCUCCCACCCCCAGCUAUCCCAGCCCGCAAAGCUACUGGUGGGCAGACUGCAGCUGCUGCCGGUCAGGACGAGCGGCCGGGCUCCUGCGGAGCAGAGGGGGGCUUCCCACGCUCCUGCCCACAGUCCGCUCUGCCAGGGCCUUCUGGAGGGGAGGGGGCAACAAGACUGGGAUCACCUGUAGAUCCUAGGAAGGUGCUUAUUGUCGCAGGCCAUCAUAACUGGAUUGUAGCUGCUUACGCUCAUUUCGUCAUUUGUUACAGGAUAAAGGAGUCAUCAGGGUGGCAGCAGGUGUUCUCCAGCCCGUACCUGGACUGGGCUAUUGAGCGCGUGGCCCUUAAUGCGAAAGUAGUGGGUGGUCCACAUGGAGACAAAGACAAGAUGGUGGCAGUGUCCUCAGAAAGCAGGAUCAUUCUGUGGAGUAUUCAGGAUGGGGGAAGUGGUAAUGAGAUUGGUGUGUUUAAUCUUGGAGUACCUGUGGACUCUCUCUUUUUCAUUGGGAGCCAGUUAGUGGCCACAAGUCAUACUGGAAAGGUUGGGGUUUGGAACGCGGUCACCCAGCACUGGCAAGUGCAAGACGUUGUGCCCAUAACAAGCUGUGACACUGCGGGGUCUUUCCUUCUACUUGGUUGCAACAAUGGCUCCAUAUAUUACAUUGACAUGCAGAAAUUCCCAUUGAGAAUGAAGGACAAUGACCUCCUAGUGACUGAGCUCUACCACGACCCUUCUAAUGAUGCCAUCACAGCCCUCAGUGUCUACCUAACCCCUAAAACCAAGCUCAUAAUGUUUUUAGGUGUGAGUGGAAACUGGAUUGAGAUCGCUUACGGCACCAGUUCUGGAGCAGUACGUGUAAUAGUGCAGCACCCGGAAACAGUUGGAUCUGGACCACAACUCUUCCAGACCUUCACCGUCCACCGCAGCCCCGUCACUAAGAUCAUGCUCUCUGAGAAACACCUGGUAUCAGUGUGUGCUGACAAUAACCACGUUAGAACAUGGACAGUGACUCGCUUCAGAGGCAUGAUAUCCACCCAACCUGGAUCAACACCACUGGCCUCCUUCAAGAUCAUCUCACUAGAGGAGACAGAGAGUCACAGCAGUUACUCUUCUGGAAAUGAUAUCGGUCCUUUUGGAGAGAGAGAUGAUCAACAGGUUUUCAUUCAGAAAGUUAUUCCCAUAACCAAUAAGCUGUUUGUGCGCCUGUCCUCUACUGGAAAGAGGAUCUGUGAAGUGCAGGCGGUUGAUUGCACCACUAUCACGUGUUUUACGGUGCGUGAGUGUGAGGGCUCCAGCCGAAUGGGCUCCCGUCCCCGCCGCUACCUCUUCACCGGACACGCUAACGGCAGCAUUCAGAUGUGGGACUUGACCACAGCUAUGGACACGGUCAACAAAAGCGAUGACAAAACCAAGUGUGAAGCUGCUGAAGUGGGAGGGCCCACGGAGGAGGAGCUUCUGAAGUUGCUUGAUCAGUGUGACCUGAGUACAUCACGCUGUGCAACACCCAACAUCAGCCCGGCGCCCUCGGUCCUGCAGCACAGCCGCCUCAGAGAGUCCUGCUCCAGCCUUCAACUCCAGACGCAAGAGCCCAUCUCUGAGGUGGCCACAUACGGAGCCCUGCGGCCGUACAGAGAGAGCCCCCUGCUGGCGCGUGCCCGCCGCACAGAGAGCUUCAACAGCUACCGAGAUUUCCACAGCCUGAACCUGGCUAAAGUCCUGAUGGAGCACAACGGGCAGUGCGGCGCCGAGGACGAGGUGCGUCAGUCUGCGAGCGACAGCAACGGUGACGACGGUGACAAAAAGACUCUGAUCACAGAGCAGUGGAGCACCAGGUCCUCAGAGAGUCCAAAAUCUGCUGCGAGCCGCCAGGCCCCAGACAGCCCGGGAGACCACCGCCGCAGGGCCCACUCGUCAGACGAGGGGACGUCAGACUGCCGGGCGGAGGGCAGGAGGAGAGGGGCGUUCGAGGGGAAUUUCUUGAGCAGGAAGAAGGCUCCCCCUGUCCCACAGCUGAGCUCUGUGCCAGUGGGAGCUGAUGCAGGAGGCAGCGACUCCUCCAGCACAGCCUCGCCCUCUCCAACUAAAACAUCCACCUCCCCUCGCCACCGCAAAGGCCCAGACAUGAGCAGCGAGUGAGAGGUCAUCCAUCUGCUGCAGUGGUUCUCAGCUUGGGUCCUGUAGUCCUGUACUCAUAUCCUGCACUCUUUUUGUGGUUUUCUGCAGUUCACCAACAUGGCAAUGGCUUUACAAUACAUUAGCUUAUUUAAAGCUUGUAAAGCUCCUCAGCUGAGAACCACUGCUCCACUGUUCCUACCAUAUUAUACCAGGAGUCACUGUUACAAGCCCACACAGAACCAGUGGGCUUAUGAUUUACAUAUCUCUAAAAAUCUACAUAUCUCUAGCUCUAGGGUAAUAGAGCAGAAAUACAGUGGUAUUACAAAUUUUGGCACCCCUGAUAAUUUUCAUGAUUUUUCUUUAUAAAUCAUUGGAUGUUCGGAUCAAAAAGUUCAGUUAAAUAUAUCAUAUAGCAGAUGAAUACAUGGAUAUUUAAGAAGUGAAAUGAAGUUAAUGGGAUUUAAAGAAAGUGUGCAAGAAGUCUUUAAACAAAAAUGGGCACCCAUGUCACUUUAUUGAUUUGAAUACCUUUAGCACAAUCAUCGGAACAUAAAAUUAGUUUUGUAAGCUCAAUGACCCUUGACCUACAUAGACUGGUGAAUCCAAUUUUUAGAAAAGGUUAAGUUGGCCAAUUGCAAGUUUUUCUCCUUCUUGCAUCUUUUCUGAACAAUUCUUAAAUUACCUGAAAACAAAGAUUGUUCUACAUUAUUUAGGGAAGAAAUACAAAAAUAUAAUUAUAAUAAAUAUAAUUUCAGCUGUCAGUUUCCACUCUGAGGAACAUGGUGAGAAAACGGAAGACCACAGUCAACCCCCAGAGCAGCUCCUAAGACCUACAACAUAAUCUAGCUGCACAUGGAGACACUGUGCAACUAUUCAGAGCACUUCACAGAAGAAGCCUUUUCAGAGCACACACCACAAACAGAGUCGCUCUAGGUAUGCUAAAGCUGAAGCACAUUUGAAUAAGCCAGCUUGAUUUAGGAAUAAGGUGCUGUGGACUGAUGAAACUAAAAUUGAGUUAUUUGGAGGGCCGGUUGUUUAUGCAUGGAGGAAAAAGAACACAGCAUUCCAAGACGAACACGUUACUGCUCCCCACAGUAAAAUUAGGUGGUGGUUCAUCAUGCUGUGGGGCUGUGUGGUCAGUGCAGGUACUGGGAGUCUUGUUGAAGUUGAGGGUCGCAUGGAUUACAGUCAAGAUUCUUGAGAACAAAGUUUAAGAAUGAGUGAAAAAGUUGUGCCAGGUCAUUGUCUUGUUGAAUACUUCAACAAGUACAAUAUUCUGGAAUGAUCAUCUCAGUCCCCAGACCUGAAUAUUAUUGUAAAUCUGUGGUGUGAUUUAAAGCGGCUGUUCAUGAUCAGAAACCAUCAAACCUGACUGAACUGGAGAUGUUUUGUAAAGAAAAAUAAUCUAAAAUAUCUUCAACCAGAAGCCAGACUCUCAUUUCUCUCAACUCUUUUUCUGUUGGGGCCCAAAUUUAUACAACUGUCUAAUUUUGUUUAAAGAAUUAUUGCACACUUUCUGUGAAUCUUAUAAACUUCAUUUUACUUCUCAAAUCUCACUGUGUUCAUCUGCUAUAUGAUAUAUUUAACUGAAAUUGCUAAUCUGGACACUGAUUUAUAAAGGAAAAUCAUGAAAAUUAUCAGGGGUGCACAGACAUUUUUAUACCACUGUAUUUGUACAGAGCAUGACUGUGUGUCUGCUUGCUAUCUCUUUAGUGUGUGUUUCUAACACUACAUAAGUUGCUUUAUUGGUUUCAUAUCCAUCACAGAGUUAUUAAUACUAAUUUCACUUUAGUACUUCUAAUCUGUCCUUUAGUGUCUGUCAGUAGACUCCUCCCUAAUGUUCCCUUAUCUUUCACUGAGAAAAUCACCACACCCAGGCAGAUCAGUUACAACCAGCCCGCCAUUCUUUCAUUCUGCUAUUCUCUUACAUUCUCUUACAUUAUAGUGAAGCUACAGUAUGUAGAUAGAUCCAUAGGCCUUAAUGAUCCAUAUCAGCUUUCUUUUCUGUAAACUAAAGGCACUUUAUUUUUGCUAUUACAGAUAACAUUUGAUGAAGGGAAUAUUCAAGCUUUUUUGAAGCCAGGUGCCUUUAAUAUUGUUAAUUUUAUUCUGGGUUUAUACGUUUAUUAACCUUUCUCGUAGGUUGUAUGAAGAGGGGGUUCAUUCUAGACUAUUUCUUUUCAUGGGACUUUAGAGAAAGCAGGCUAACUUUGCACAAAAUCCUGUUUUACAGCAGAAACCUUAAUCCAGAUGCACUACAUUUAUUACCUUAUUACAUAACUUUUCCAGAAGUGUCUCACAGCGCAUGAGCAGAUAUCCAUCAGUUACUCCAUUUUAGAAGUUUUGAAGUAAAAACUGAAACAAAACUCCAGGAUGUACUGAUGUUUUCAUCAUGUCUUGUGUAAACAAUAAGUUUAGCCCCACCCACUUCUUUGUGUCUGUGGAAUGUGGUGGUGUGCACUACUUAUUUAUAUAUAUAAAUAUUAUACAGCAUAUUACUCUUCUAGCACUGCAUUGACUUGUGGCUGCCGGCCAUCUUUCUUAAUAUAUCUACAUUUUCAGCUCAUUUUAUUAAUGCCAUUUGGAGUUAUGAGUGGCAGACUGGUGAGCUGCUAGUGUACAAGAAUGCUCCAACAACGUCUUGUUUUGUUGUAGUGGUUUGUGUUAGCAGAAUUUGACGAUGCUGAUUAUCCCCAGCAUAAUGACUGCUGUUAAUACUACUAUUAUUAUAUUUGUGUCAUAUUUGCAUUCAGAUUUUUUUGUUUUCUUUGAACACUAAUUUAAAAUGACCCCUGCUGGUUUCGCCUUUAUCUGAGGUUCUAAAAGUGAUUUCCAGUAAUGAAGAAGCUUUUAAGAUAUGCAAUGUAGUGUUGUAGUCAAAACCAAAAGAGCCGAGUCAAGACCAAGACAUUUAGUAGUCGAGUCUGACUCAAGACUAAGACCAGGAGUGACUGAGAGUGAGGCAAGACCAAGACACAGAGUCCGAAAGUAAAUCAAGACCAAGACUUUUAGUUGUUUGCUUCUGCACAAAUAUCAGCUCAAACAGUGACUGCAGCAAGCUUAUGCACCUCCAUGUUGGCAUCUGCAUCACCUAGGUAACACAAGUCCAGUUUGAAUGGGGGUGCAUGUGGUCUGGAAUCUGAUGGUGUAGUGGAUCAUGCUCAAUUGUGUAAUGUGUCUAUAUUGGUUUCGCUUUCAUAAAAACCUGUAAAAACCGUGGUGUAUUGUAAUAGAUCCAGGCUGUUUUAUCUGCUCACACUUAAAAGUCAACUUUUAAUAGUUGAAUCUGAGACAAGAACAAGAUCAAUAGUGACAGAGAGGAAGACAAGACAUAGACAGCAUCACAUUGAAUCUGAAUUUUAGUCAAGACCAAGACAUUUAUUAGUCGAUUCCAAGUCAAGACCAUAACUUUUAGUAGUUGAGUCAGAGUCAAGAGUCAAGACCAAAGCUGUAGUUUUAUAAUUAAUACCAAGACGUUUAUUAUUCACCAGGGUUUAUACACUUUUUAACUAAAAAUUUUCCAUGCCUUCAUGGCAAAUUUUUAUGAUUUUUAAAACAACAAUCAAUGCAGACAUGGACAAUAAAACCAAAAAUUUACUAAAACCAUGAUUUUUCCAGGUUUUCAUGACCGUGUGAACCCUGAUUCACACUUGACUCAAGACUGACACUUACUAUUUGAGUCAAAUACGAGAUCAAGACUUUAAUAGUACAUUCGGAGUUGACUUUUAGUUGCUAAACCUGAGUCUAGACUAAAGGAGAGUUUUUACUUUUGCGUCGAUCCUACGCCGUAGCCUCCAGCGAGAGUGUGCUACGUAGCAGAGCACGUUUACACUUCUACAUCCGUGAUAUCAGUGGCUCUGCGUCGCUCUGCAGUUUUAAUUGCAAAGGUGGGAAUGUGUGGGCAGGAACGUGAUGCCCAGCGGACCAAUCACAGCUGCAGCUGUUUGCCUCAUGUAGUUACUUUUUCAGGGAGGUGCACGAUUGAGCUACAGGUAAGGUAUGUAGCGAUGCAUAGGCUAGGCUGAGGUAAAGCGGUGCCCACUUUAUCUCAGGACCAAGACAAGACUAAAUCCAAAUGAGAUUGAGACCCAGACGAGACUGAGACGUCUGGUUUGGUUUAUGGUCUUGAGACCGGUGGCUCGAACACUACAGCACUAUGUUUAGUGUAUUCAGACAGUAUUAUACACUAUAACUGAGUAGACAACCUGAUGCCUGUGAAGUUGUCUAUGUUGUCAGUAUACUGUAUAUAUACUCAUUAUAGCCUUCACCUAAUAUAUAAUCCUAAUUAAUUUGUAUUAUUGAAAUUGCACUUAUUGUGAAUUUUGAGUGUUUAUGUUUGUCUAUAUAUGUCCAGCUAACUAUGCUCAUCUGUCUUAUUGCAAGAUAGCUCCACUGUCACUUUCUGUGUAGCCAUGACCUGGCUGUGUUUACACUUUUAAUCCUACCUGAGAGAACUGUACACUAUAUAUAACUAUAUACACAACUAUUGACACGGUAUAUCAUGAAUUUCACAUUCAUUGUAUGUUAUUACAGUGCAUUACAUGUUAUUAUUUUAUGCAUUAUAACAUAGGAAGUAAAAGAUUUGAAAGAGAUUGAGAGUUCUAUCCAACAGAACCUUUUACAUUUUCUGAACCAGUUUCAUGAUGUUGGAUAACGCACACAUAUCUGUCAAAUUGGAUUCUAUUCAGGAUUUCUCUCCAUAUCAUGAUUAUAGUCAGUACUAUACAAUCAAACAAUGGCAUGUUUGAUUGCAAAGAAAGAAAAUUUCCUUUCAAAUUUGCAUUAAAUGUAAUAUAUAUGUUUGUUUUGCAGUAGAAAAACACAUUUGUGUUAUGGGACAUCAAUAUGUAAAUUAACCAUGAAGUAGUACCCUAUGGGAGUGCUUGUUAGGGAAAACUGCCCAAAUGAUGAUCUACUAAUGAGUUUUGUUGUUAUUAUUCAUAGUGUUAAACAAUUGGUUAACAUAUACUUAAUGCACACUUGGUAUAUGGCUCAGUCUAUCAUUUUAAAGAACUGAAAAUGUAAAGAAAAUGAAAAAACAGUUAAUAAUCAAGUCUUUGUCAAUUUUCCCUAAAAAGACACAAGUUUAUAUAAGUAAUUUGAUUGGCUGUAUCAUGAGAUAUCUACCUUUAUCUUUGAAGGGAAAAAUAUGAACCAUUUUUAAAUAAGUUUUUUAAACUAAAAUAUGCUAUAUUUAGACUUAAAUUUCUCCCUUCCUGAGAGCACUUACAAUAAAAGUAACAAUAGUAAAUAUAAAUAUGGAUAUAUUUACUAAACAUUCUCAAUUACACAAUAACAUGGCUGUUCUUGUACUGUUGUUCUGCAGCUUCAUUUUGCCACCAUUUAAUUUGCUGAUUAUUCAUAUGCUUAAUGCGUUUUGCUUGUUAGAACAAAUGUAAAAGUUCUAAUACUAUUUAAGCUAAACAAGUGAGAGAGCCUGCAGGUUCUGCUGGUGGGUCCGAGUCACAAGUCAGAUUCCAGCCAAUAUGCUCAUGAGGGGUUUACAUGGGUGUAGCGUGGGCUAGGUGGGUUCCAGGUGGGAACUGAUGGCUUCUGAGUGGGUUUGUAAUGUUGUUUUCAUGUGUGAUGCAAUCAAAUAUAGAUAGUCUUAUUAAAACAUGGUCACUCUAAACUUCUUAAGACUUUUCCACCAAUUAGACUUACUGAAGUUCUUGCUUCAUUACUCCACAUGGUGGCACUAUUAUCAAAUGAAGAGUGUAAAUCAGCGCUGAAGAAUAUUGGUGGUGAAAUUCUGUGAAACUGACACCGAUAAAUCCAUAAUUCCUGGUAUUUGCUUAUUUAGGUGAAUUUUAUUUUCUUCAGUAACACAGAUGAACUGAAAUAUUGUAAAGAAAUGUAUUGUUAUAUAUAUAUAUCAAGUAUCGCAGAAUCACAGUAUCAUGAUAUCAUGGUUACCGCGUGCAACACAUUGUAAUAAUAUUGUAUCAUCAGAUGCCCUGUGGUUCACACCCCUAGCUGUUAAUGGGCCACAUCAUUACAGCCCACCUUAACCUCACCUGGACCCCAUCUUGGCCCAAUAACUGUAAUAACAGCAUCUAUAUAUGGGGCUGACACGGAACCCAUGGAUAAAACUUUGAUUUUUGGGUUUUCAUUGGGGUUACCCAUACAGAUCCUACAUGAAUAUGUUAUCUGGGAUUCUGCUCUUCAUUGUCUGAUAUCUGAUUAUUUAUGAUUAGUCCAACUUAGACCAAUUUAUGAAGGCAAGUCUGCAGAAAGCACGUUUUAAAAUGGGACUGAUGUGUGGGUUAUUAUUUCUGUAAGUUCAGAAAGUUAAGAACGUGUAAUACUCAUUAUGGUACUGCUACCAGUGUCUUAAAACUGGCAUUUUCUCCUUUUUUUCCCCUUGACACAAUAAAGACGUAACCAAAUGUUCAAAUUA